AUGACCUGCAAGAUUUUCUUCCCCUUAUUGUCCAUCACAGCAGAACUGGAUGUCACUAUACAAGCCAGCAGUCUCCUCAGUGUCACACCUCCCAUCCUAACUGCCACUUUAGUGUUCGACAAGUGCAAGGAAAAAGAAGCAGAAGGAAGUCAAAGAUUUGUUGUGGAUAUGUUUCUGCGUGCGGCCUUGCUGAUGUUCCACUUCUGUUUGGGUUUCCAUGGAGCUGCUACACACAUGGAUCUGGAAAAGAUAAAGAUGUGUGGCAUUCAGUGUUCUCAGGGCUUUCAGUGCAACACCCAGCCAGCAAAUUACUUUGCCGAUCCGUGUCAGAUGCCCGCUAACGGACUCACCGCCGCCGCCGUGUUCCGCAACCUCAGCUUUUCCACAGGCAUGACAUGUGAGGGGCGUCAAAGGUGCUCGCUGCACCUCCAAAUCAACACUACUGUACAGCUUCCAGAGUACAUCCACGGCUUGUCCGUUUGCUCCCACACACCGGGAAUGCCUCACAACUGCCGGAUAGUCAGCAUCUCCAAGGUUUCCGGGUGGAUAAUAUCCGGAAUGCAGGUGGAUCUGGACGACAACUGCACCGACGUUUAUCCGCAGCAGCAAGUCAAAGUCACGGUGACGACGGUGCCCAAUUACUGCGGAAUAAAUCAAAGCGGAACCUACGUCGCUCCAGAUUGCUCAUGGGAGGAUUUGAGCAGACACGUGCCUGAAUGCAUCACUGGGAGGAUAUCAUACGAUGUCAACGCAGAGAGGAAAGAACUGCGUGUCACCGUGACCGACAUGCUGGAUGAUGAAGACUACCGGCUGCGACUGUGCCGUAAGGACUUCAUCUGCGCUAGCACGGGCGCUGGUGCGCUGAUCAUGAAGGAGGAAAUCAACAAGAGCGCCAUCCUCCCAUUUUCCAGACUGCUUCCAUGCCUCUGCAUCGAGGGCUGGUCUGCAGUGACGGACGCCCCCAGGGUGCAGGUCUGCCCGUUCAAAAACAGCCUGGAGGAGAUGUGGCACGGGAUUAAUUUCAACCCGUUGGAGGGGGCUCUUUCUUGGGAACCCGCCUGCCCGCUGACGGCCACCGUGACGCUGUGCCAAGGAGGAGAGGAUGGCGGCUGCACGGAUCUGCAGCAGGCCACCCAGAAUGUCAGCAGAGCAAAGAUAACAUUUGCACAAGUGGAUCCCCACCCUCAGCUGUGCAUGAAGUUUAGUGCAGGGAAUCAGUCUUGGAUCAGUUGUCCUUUUGUCGGGAGAUUCCAAGCGUGGGACGUGACUGUGGUGCAAUAUGUGGAUCACAAAGAGGCAGAGCUAAUGUCGCACAUCAACGCCACUUUCUCCGUGCACACGUGUACGCCGUCGCCAGGCUCUGCCGUGUGCCGCAGUCCGGAGACCCACGCCGUGAUCCACGCGAUAGAGCAUACAUCUGUUGGCUUCAACAUGACUGACACUCACUCUUGUUUUUAUGUGAGGAGAAUGGAUGUGAAAUAUGCUCCCACAAUCCUUCACUGUCUCGCCGAGAGACGCAGUGAGCCAUCGUCGCUCCUCGCCACGCCAGCCAAUCAGAAGUUGAUCAGAGUCGUCGUCGUCCCGGUCGGCCUUUUUGUCUGCGCUGUCAUCGUUGUCACCUUCUUGCUGCAUGUCCUGCUGACUGUUCACCAGAGGAGAAAAGAUACCGAAAAAGCAACAAAAUUGACCUCUUAUUUGUGACGUCUCACAACACGAAGACCGACUGACCUUUCACCUUUUGUCCGUGUCAGGUGCUUUUAAACACUAAAAAAUGUUUCUGAAACCGA